AACCUCUUUGAUUUUAUUCGCUCGCCAAAGUCGCAUUGUUCUUACAUUACAGACAUUGAUUGUACACGACUAAAGCCAUGGAUAACUUGUGGAAGAAAGAGACGAGUGCAUCGGAUGCGCGUUACGUAGAUUUAUUUGCGUCGCUACCAGAAAACAGAUGGAAUGAUUUUCAACUCGAUUUGCUGGUGGACCUAGUUAAAACCGAGCAAUUUCGUAAGAAUAAUCAAAUGUCAACCGAAUUCCGGAUGCAUGGAAAUGGGCUAUUUCGUUCGAACGAUUGGCUUAGUGCGAUAGGUUGCUAUAAUCAAAGUUUAUGUUUUGCUGAAAUUGGUUCGGAAAAUGUCGCCUUGGCAUAUGCAAAUAGAUCGGCUUGUUGGUUUCACCUGCAUAAGUAUAAUGAAGUGCUUAUCGAUAUUGAACUCGCCUUGAAUUCAAAUCUCCCUGUUCACCUGAAGCCGAAGCUUGAAAAACGCAAGCAGCAGUCGCUGGAAUUACGUCAACCGGGUGAAUCUCUAGAUAUACCACAAUUGCUGUCCAAGUAUAAAUUAAGCUACGAAGCAAGUAAGAAUUUCCCGUGCAUGGCAGAUGUGUUGGAGAUAAGAUGCAAUGAAGAGUUUGGUCGGUAUUUAGCAGCAAAAUGUGAUAUACCAGUGGGAAAAAUUGUCUUAUCAGAAGAGAAUUUCGUAGCAAGUAUACCCGAUAAAACAAUGCUAUGCCAGAUGUUAUGUCAUGCAUGCCUUUUACCAAACACGAAUCCGGUCGCCUGUGCUCAUUGUUCAAGUGCUCUUUUUUGUGGCGUCGACUGCAUGGAUCGAAAUCAAACUCAUAAAUGGGAAUGUGGUACAUUUUUCGCCCGACUGGAUGAUACGAAAUUUGUGAUUAAAACCAUUUUGGUGGCUGUGGAAUGUUUUGGAAGUGUCGAGGAAUUGAUGGCAUUCGUUGAGAGUGCUUUGCUCGAAGAUCCCAUGAAAUUGCCUGAAUCGAUGCAUGAUUCCAGAUUGAAGUACCAUUUCUUCUUCAAACUAAAAACAUUGCCGCCACCAUGGGAUUGUGAAACAACCAUUAACUUCAUAUUCAAGGCAUACAAGCAGAUAUUGAACAUGCCUAACAUCGCAGCUGUCUUUGACAGUGAAGAAAAGAAGCGGUUUCUCAUGCAUUUGAUUGGACAUCAUCAUUUCAUACGGAAUGGAAAUGGAGUUAGUCUCGGCGAAGGAGUAUCUAUAACUAACGUUACCUCUAUUCUCAACCACUCUUGUGCACCCAAUGUUUUCGAAUGCAACAUUGCUCGGAAGAAGUUCUUUGUCACCUGCCGACCGAUCAAAAAAGAUGAGCAACUCUACUUCAGCUAUCACACUUUUGACCAAUCGAAAACGCUUGAACAACGACAAAAUUUAUUAAAGUCGGCUUGGAAUUUUAUCUGCAAGUGUGAACGUUGCAAUCCAACCAAUAAACCCGUUGAUCGACAAAUCAUUAUGUCCGAUCCAUGUUACAAAUUCGUGCUCGAAAAUCAAGGCGUCUAUGAAAAGAAUGCAAUUGUGAUGGAAAACUGUAUCAAGUUCUUAAAUGAGUAUGGUCGUUCACCAUGGUCAGAAGAAAUUCAAUUUGUGACAGAAGCCUACGAAUCAGCCAUUCAACUCUCAGUAUUUGAUAACAAAUCGCUCUAAACUGAAGAAGGAGGUAGACCGAUGGAAAAUGAAACUCAGCACAUCGUUUAAUUUAAAUCAUGGCAUCAAAAUCAAUCAGACAAUGUUGUAAUUCGAAACAUCAACAAUAGUAGUCUUCAAAUUUUACAAGAGCACUUUGCCAACUAUUUUGCGUUACUCAUAAUAUGUAAUUGAGAUACGUUGUUUUUUUGUAGAUGGAUAAUGUACAACUAAUCUGAUUAGUUAGCCAGAUGAAGAAAUAGCUAAGGAACAUAACUUAUAAGAUUCAUAUAUACGGAUAUGACCUUGUGGUCAAAUUCUAUAUUUUAUGAUUACAGACUAUAUUGGCACUGUCGUAUCGAAUCGACAACAAUAAUUUUGCAUAUUUUUUGUGCUAGCGUUCGUAGAAAGAAUACAGAACAAUGUCCAUUGAUACAGCCGCAAUUUUUGUUUUCAAACUUAUUUCAAGAGCCGUUUUCAAAUGUAUGAACGAUGGAACAUAUUGAAUACCCCAGCCAUAUUCACAUUUCAUAUAAAUUUUGUAAAAAAUUCACUUAAGCAAUUUAAAAAAAAAAAUAACUAAAUCUAAAACUACUAUAAUUUUUUUGUCUUGCUUUUUCACGAAAGUUCAGUCGAAAAAUGUAAAAUAUUUCCAUUGAAAUCUGAUAUCAAUAAAUAGUAUGCAAGUUUGAUUUGAAUCUUCA